AUGUGCACUCUGCGUCUGCUCCCUCUCCUCCUGUCUCUGGCCCAGGCGGGUGCCCAGUGCUCCUUGACAAGACACGUGCUGUACGUGGAGAAGGAAGGGUGCAACUUCUGCAUGGCCAUCAACACCACCAUCUGCGCUGGAUUCUGCAUGUCACAGGAUGUCAACAUUAAAACCCUUCUGCCAAAGAUCGCCCUGACCCAGAGAGUCUGCACCUACCGAGAAAUCAAGUACAUUUCCCUCAGACUUCCUGGAUGUCCAGCUGACAUUGACCCGAUCUACAGGUUCCCAGUGGUCUUGGGUUGUGUGUGCAGCCAGUGUCUGACCGACACUACAGACUGCACCAGUGGAAUUGAGGCACCUCUUUACUGCAGCAAACCGCGAUGGAACAUCCCCACUUCCCGCUCCCCCAUCCUCUCCCUCUCGGGUAAAACACAGGAGGCUCUGCAGUUCCUUCCUCCAAUUAAUUAG